AUGACCUCAACACCAAUGAACACCACUUCAUCAGCUGUCACACUGACCACACCAAUGAACACCACUUCAUCAGCCGUCGCACUGACCACAUCCGCCCAAAAUAAAAGCACGGGAAACCGGGAAGAUGACGAGUACCAUACUCUCCUAGCUGUCAUCUACACGACGGUUCUGCUCAUCGGCACCACUAGCCUGAGUAUCACCAUCCACUUCAUGAAGUCGAGGACAUUUUCCACCACCUCCGUUGCUGUUGUCAACCUCAUAUUCGCGCACUUUCUGUUCCUUCUCACCGUGCCCUUUAGGAUCUAUUAUCACGUGGCUCAGGAGUGGAGCCUUAACUUGAGCUGGUGCAAAGUGGUCAGCAGCAUGGUCCACAUCCACAUGUACAUAUCUUUUGGCAUCUACAUAGUCAUCCUCGUCACACGCCUCAUGGUGUUUUACCGCGAUUCUGAGCAGCUGCCGUCUUCGCGCAGGAUUUACGCGCGCGUUGCCAGCGUGAUGUUAUGGAUGAUCGUGCUCAUGAUCGUCACCUACAUCAUCUACUUUCACUACGGCAAGUCCAGCAAUGACACCAGUUUGCAGUGUUUCAGAUUUGGAAGAGAAAUAGAAUCUCCUGCCCCCAGGGUGAUAAACUACAUCAUCAGUACUUUGUUCAUAAUAGUGGCCGUUUCGCUGACCGGUCUCCAAGCCUACGUCCUGUGCCUUCUAUACAGGAAGCAUCAUCAGUGUUGCACGUCACAACAGGACUUCGGGGCUCAACAGAAAAGUCUUACCUUCGCCCUCGUCAUGGUUGUGUGUUUCAUCCCGUACCACAUAUUCCGACUGUAUUACUUGGAACACCGUGAGCUGGAGAAUCUCAAUGAGGUUUUUCUGAGCUUAACCACCUUUAACUGCUUGGACAUGCUCGUUCUCUUCAGAAGAAGGGCGUGCUUAGUGUGCCUCCCGGGAAAGUCUAUUUAA